GUCCAGCUCCAUAUCAGCCUCAUAUCUAAUUGGAUUGCAGAUACCUAGUUUCCUUAGGGACACAAAUUAAAAUGGUGCAGAUUGAUACAAGGAAAAAAAAUAUUUCAUUGUGAGGACAGUCCAUCAGUGGAACAGGUUUCACAGAGCGUCUGUGAAAUUCCUCUGUGGAGGUUUUCAAGACCUGAAUGGACAAGACGCUGAGUACUAUGUUUGCGAUUUGUUGUGCCUGCUUUGUGUAGCAGGCCGGGCUGGGUCACCUCCUGGGUGAAUGAGAAUUGUUCUAAAAAAUACGUCUAAAAGGAAGGCAAGCAGGAACUUUCAUGUUGUGACUUCUCACUUUCAAGAGGUGAAAUGUUAAUAUUUUUACUUUUUUUUUUUAAUGCAGAGAAGUUAUACUCAAACAGAGUUACUUGGUGAACAAGUGGUAUUUACCGUUGGCUAGGAUGACACUGUCCUGUAUGUUACCUUGUUGUUUUGUGUUGAAAUACUUGUUAUUACUGAAAGGGUUAGAGCUGCAGUAGUGGUCUUUGUUGAAAAGCUGAAUGUGAUUGUACAUUGUAAGAUGUGAUUACAGAAUCAGCUAGGUUGGAAGAGACCUCCAAGAUCACCUAGUCCAACCUCUGACCUAACACUGACAAGUCCUCCACUGAACCAUAUCACUAAGCUCUACAUCUAAAUGUCUUUUAAAGACCUCCAGGGAUGGUGACUCAACCACCUCCCUGGGCAGCCCAUUCCAAUGCCUAACAACCCUUUCAGUAAAGAAGUUCUUCCUAAUAUCCAACCUAAACCUCCCCUGGUGCAACUUUAGCCCAUUCCCCCUCGUCCUGUCACCAGGCACGUGGGAGAACAGACCAACCCCCACCUCGCUACAGCCUCCUUUAAGGUACCUGUAGAGAGUGAUAAGGUCGCCCCUGAGCCUCCUCUUCUCCAGGCUGAACAACCCCAGCUCCCUCAGCCGCUCCUCAUAAGACUUGUUCUCCAGACCCCUCACCAGCUUUGUUGCCCUUCUCUGGACUUGCUUGAGCACCUCCAUGUCCUUCUUGUAGUGAGGGGCCCAAAAUGUUGUAGAUGUUGUAGAAAGGGAAGGGAACCUUCAGUGUUAUGUAAAACUUCCAGUGAAGUGUAUUGUUAUGGUUGUAUUAUCUACUUGAACACUAGAUGCAGGAAUAGAUCAAUAGAUAAAAUGCCCAGGAAAUGGUUGAAUGACCUGUUCAGAACUGUUGACGUUAACUGAGUUUGGUUUGGGACAUAAGCUGCUGUAAUGAUUAUUUUAUCAUGCCCUUAACUUGUUUCCUUUAUAAAAUGUGCUGUCUCUGAAAACUUAGUGGACUAGUAGUUUUUCGUAACAAUGGUUGGGUACAAUUUAAAAUAAAUUUACCUUCAACAACACAGGAAACGGAUCAAGACUCCUUCGCUAGAGUAGCUCAGGUUUAAUUUUACUGUAGUGCUUUUAUGUUCAAUUUGCUGGUUAAGAAUGGGAUGCAUACUGACAAAAGGUUGACAGAGUUACAGAUGGAAACAGUGUAGAAGCUAAGGCUUGAAGAAUGUCCAAAAUAAGAGAAAUAAAUCCAUAGAAAAUGAGUAUGGGUAAUAAACUGUAUAGUAAUCCAGGUAUUAACUGAGAGCUUGAAGGGAUAACUUAAAGUUGAAAUUUCAUGACCUUUAUGGUAGGACAUCACUGUAUCUAAUGGAUACGAGUACACUAGGUGAAUAACUUAAAAUCUUACUCACAAGCAGCUUGUUUAAAGACCAGCUGAAUAACCUUGUACAUGGUACAGAAACACAUCUGUUUGGAUUGAAGACCAACUACUUGAAAACUGGAAAAUAAUUCACCUGUAUUCAAGAUUCUCUUUUGCUAUUGUUUUUACUUGUCUUUCUCCUGGAUUAAUGGCUGGAAGUCACUUUUCAGAAAGUUUGCUGGUUAAGAAAAUUAAGAUGUGUGGAUGUGAUGUACUAUAUAACCUUUAUAUACUAAUAUUUCUGUUUUGUGAUAUAGACUUGGCUCAAGAGAUGUCUACUUCUUCAGUAGUGUCGGUGUAUAAAAUAAAGGACUGAGAUGAAGGAACUGUUUCCAGUGGAAUCUAAUGUAUUGAACCCCAUCUCCCUCUUGCUGAUCUGAGCAUGGUGCUCAGAUCAUCUGAGCAUCCUGUCAGCUGUCAUUAUCUGCAGUGGACCAUGGGACUUCUUGCCAAUGAAGAUUAGAAAACAAGACUAGCAUCUGUCAAAUGGGGCUCCCUCUCCAUUUCUCUCUACAUACCUUUCCUUUGGGGGGAGAAGAAGAGGAGAAUAGCAUGAAAAGUGCAAAAUGUUUCAAAUUCCUGUUCAAAAUCUUGAUAAUAUCAGGAAGGCUCGAAAAAAGGUGAAGGGCAUUCUUGUGGAUCUUGGGCUUGACAGCUGCAGGGAGUUGUUGAAGAAUCUUAAAAGUUUUGACCCAGGUGAGAAGUACUUUUGCAACACUUCAUGGAGUGAUGUCUCUCCUUGGGAGUCUGUGGGCAAAAGGAAGAGAUACAGAACAAAGCCGUACUGCUGUAGUUUAUGCAAGUUCUCGUCAAAAUUGCUUACUUCAUUCAAGAAUCACUUGCACCGUUGCCAUGAGGAUGAAAUGGACCAAGAGCUUGUGGUUCCUUGCCCAAAAUGUGCAUUUGCUUCUGAGCCAAAAAUAGUGGGAAAACAUAUCCGGAUGUUUCAUUCAUCUAAUAAGAGAAUACAGAACUAUACAGUCAGCAUUUUGGAUGGCAUGAAACAAUUCAGGAGUGAUAUCAUAAACUUCACGUGUCUAAAAUGUAAUUUUACAGACACAUUGUAUUAUAAUAUGAAGAAACAUGUUCUGAUGAACCACUUUCAAAACUUAAUAAGUAUAUAUUUUGGCCAGAGAUCUGAUGAAAGUGAAGAGAAUUUGGUUGAGCACUACUGUAAAAAAUGUAAUGCUUCUGCAAACAGCCAAGAUUCUUUAAUGUAUCAUGUCUUGACAGCUGAAACACACAGAGACCUGGAGAACAAACUUCGGUCUGUGAUUUCAGAACAUAUUAAGAAACCUGGACUUGUGAAACAAAUGCAUAUUGCUCCAAAGCCUCCCCAAAGUAUGGCUGCGCCUGCUCCAUCUUCAGGGCCUCCUGCAGCCCCAGCAGGUUCCAUCACAGCUCCAGCUUGCAUCCAACUUGCAUUUCCACAGAAUAAUCAAAACCAGACUGUGGUGCAGUCAAAACCAGUUCAGAACACAGUCAGAUCUCUGACUGUUCCAAGUGCCUCUGGUAGUAUUCCACAUACAACUUCUGCUCCGAUUGUUACCCCAUCACAUGUUACUCUUGUAUCCAGUCAUCUUCCUGUAGGUCAGAAUAGUGUUAAUAUUCAGCCAUCACCUUCUCAACCUAUAAUUGUUUCUCAUAGGCUUCCUCUUAAUCAGCCUGUCAGGACUGCGGCUGUUCCUCUUCAUCAUUCUGUUGGGACCCUAAGCAGAACCGUGGCCCCUGCAGUUCUUCCUCUUAAUCAACCUGUCGGGCCUGGACUCUUUCCUAUUAGUCAGCCUCUUGGUACUAUAAAUAGUCCAGUUGCAGCUGCGACAUUACCUGUUACUCAGCCUGUCAGCCCUGUGAAUCAGCUGGUUGCGCCGGGAGUGCUCCCUGUGAAUCAGCCAGUUGCACCAGGAGUUCUCUCUGUCAACCAUGCGGUUGGGAAUGUGAAUAGACCCACUGGUCCUGGAGUCCUUCCUAUGGCUCAGACGGUUGCAUCAGGGGUUCUCCAGCUUAAUCAGCCUGUCGCACCUGGAGUUGUUCCUGUCAGACAGCCUGUUGGACCUGGGUUUCUUCAGCUUAAUCAACCUGUUGCCCCAGCAGUUAUCCCUGUAAAUCAGCCAGUUAGACCCGCAGUUUCCCAAAAUGCAGCUUUUUUGACUGCAGGUUCUAUACUUCGGCAGUUGAUUCCAACUGGGAAGCAGGUUAAUGGGAUACCUACAUACACGCUUGCCCCAGUUUCAGUGACUUUGCCUGUACCUCCUGGUGGUGGAGUAGCAACAGUUACUCCACCACAAAUGCCUAUCCAACUAAUGCAGUCUGGAGCAGUAACUCAAUUAUCUCAGUCACCAGCUAGUGCACCCUCUCCACCUGUGCUUUUAACAUCUCAGAAUAUAUCAUUACAAGCUCCCCCACCUGGUCCUGAAACAAGUCAGGCUGUCAGACAGGCUAAGCAAUGGAAGACUUGCCCUGUUUGCAAUGAGCUCUUCCCAUCAAAUGUGUAUGAGGUGCACAUGGAAGUGGCCCACAAACAUGGUGAAGUAAAAAUGGAGGAUACGCAGCAACCUGACAAACUUGCAGCUUGUGCACCCUUUCUAAGGUGGAUGACAGAGAAGACUGUUCGGUGUUUUUCUUGUAAGUGUUUUCUCUGUGAGGAAGAGCUCAUGAAACAUCUCUUGAUGCAUGGCUUAGCUUGCUUGUUUUGCACAGUUACUUUCCAUGACUUAAAAAGCCUUGUGGAGCACAAUAAAACUACUCAUAACGGGAAAAAGCAGUUACAUGCAGAUUAUAGCAACAGAGGAUUUCAGUUAGGUAAUGAGGCUCAGGGUGACCUUGUAUUUCCUCACUUUGACUUCAGUACAGUGUUACCAAAAGAAGACAUCGGUGAAAGAGAAGUACAUUUGGCAGUGCUUGCUGGAGUAAAUUCGAGGACACUAGUCCCCGUUUACAUCAAAGUGAAACCUCAGGCAGCAGAAGUGAACAACAGGUGCAGCAAAAAAGUGUUAACCUGUCCCUUUUGUUUUGGAACAUUUGUUAGUCAAAGAACCUAUGAAAUGCAUUUGAAAGAAAGGCAUCAUAUUAUGCCAACUGUACAUACAAUUUUAAAGUCUCCUGCUUUCAAGUGCAUCCACUGUUGUGGCGUGUACACUGGAAAUAUGACUCUAACAGCUAUUGCUGUGCAUUUGCUCCGUUGUAGAAGUGCUCCCAAAGACAGCAACUCAAGCGUGAAAAUGCAGCUUGAACGUACUGAGAAGAAAGAGUUACUAUUUGUGAAUGGUGAAAAGCAUGAUUCCGUGAUACUUAAAAGAAAGCUAUCUGAUUCCUGUUUCAUUGCAGAAGACCAAAGGAAUAAGGAACAGCAGCCUCUAAGCUUGUGUACUGGCAUAGCUCUAUCUCCUGAAGAAGAACUGUAUUCAGGGCUAGUGCCUUUCAAACGACAGAAGAUUAAUAGGACUGAGAUAAAGAAAAUUCCUUCCAGUGAGGAUCUGCAUAUUCUAGCAGUAGAUCCUAAACAAUAUGAUCACAAUUCAUAUGAUGCUCAGAAACAGUUUUUGACAGACUACUUUCAUGAGAGGCCCUAUCCUUCAAAAAAAGAGUUGGAAUUGCUAUCCUCGCUGCUGUAUGCUUGGAAAAUUGAUGUUGCGUCAUUUUUUGGGAAAAGGAGGAAUACGUGCUUAAAGGCAAUAAAUAAUCACAAACCAUCUGUGCUGCUGGGUUUCAGUAUGUCUGAACUAAAAAACAUUAAGCACCGUUUGAAUAUAAAAGAUGAAGUGUUAGAUAUGUAAACAAGCUUUUUAUAACAACUAAAAGCAAUCCAUAAUUGCGUACUUAACAAUUUUGCAAUUUAUUAUAAUGAAAUAUUUGUUUUAACUUGCAGACUGGCCUGUUGAAGGGUUGCAGUAGUACAGAAAGUCUCAUUCAGUUGUGACUGUUAUUGUGAAAGGCACACAUAGUUGUGUAUUUGAAACAGCUAAAACCUUCAGAUUUACACUUCUGGAAUUUGUUUUAGCUUUUUACUUUUUUUGGAGUGUUUUUUUUUGUUUGUUUCCCUUUUUCCUCCUCCAGGCUCCCAUUAGACUUUUUAUACCACCAUGUAAAACUUUUUGUGCUGUUAAAUACAAAUUUUAUUUUAUUUUUCUGCAAUGUCAUCAUCUUUUCUAAACAAUAAAAUGUAUAAUGUUUAAAAUACUGAGGUAAACUAGAUGAAAUACAUCUAUUUGAUUAUUUGUAUUUUUUAGUCCUUGUAAUUUUUAAACUUUUUUUUUUUAAUCUGCUGAAGAACUGCUUAUAGCCUUUACAUCCAUUGGUCCCUUCAAAUUCUGAAUGUGCUGGUAGCAAUAAAGUCCCUGGCAUUCUCUUUUCUCAAUCGUAAUAACACCUGUGCCAGUGAAGUCUGGUGACUCAUAAUACCUAACUAGUAUUAAUGUGGUGGGGAUUUGAGGGGCUGGAGGUGCUUACUGAAGUGUUACAGUUAACUGACUUGAAAUGGUUGUGUUUAUUAUCUGUUAAAUAGAUCUUGCUAACCAGAACUGUUUACUCUUUUUUUGUUGGUGUUGAAACCUGGUUGUUUAAAUGCUGUUCAAAGCUUGGUACCAGCAUUUAGUUUUUCCUCUUUCAAAAAGCAAAACUGCUUUGGAUUGUGUCACAUUGCUCUGAUAGUGUGGAAUAUGACUUCCAUGCACAUAACUGAUCUCUAGAAGCCCUAUCCAAGUAUCACUGAAGUUUGGUGAAAAAUCUGAUUUUUACUUCCAUUUUAAGUGGGUGUUGCAUGAGGUAGUAACUGAGCAGUGCUUCUUCCCCAGCAAAUUAAGUAUAUCUUUAAGUGAGGUGAGGAAUAAUACAAACACAAACCGGUUGAAUAGGCGGCAUUAAGACUCUGAAUUGCCCGUUUUCUGAAACAGAGCUAUAUAUAUAUAUAUAUAUAUAUAUAUUGAUUAUUUUUAUUACAGAGAGCAUAAGAAUGGUAUAAAACUCCAAUAGAUUAUCUUGUUCAGUAUGAUUUAAUAUCCCUACUACAGGAAAGUUGGUUAUAACAAAUUGUAUGUUGAAUUAUUGGUGGUUACACUGAGGUCUUUAGUUUUGUUCCUUUUUUCUGGAUAUGCUUGGUUUCAGCUGGCUUGUAAGACAGUGCUUCCAAAAUUCAUGAAUAGCCAGUCAUGUAAUAACCUAUAAUUUUUAUUAUUUUCCUUCCUCCCCCUCGUCUUUCCUAGAAGACAAAAAAAAAAAAAAAAGAAACUGUUCUACCGGUUAAUUUGUGCCAGUGUUAUAAGGAAAAGGUAAUGUCCCCAAGCUAUUUUCUAUUUUUUUAAAUUAAUAAGCAUAUGUUUAUCGUAUGCAAUAUUUUUUAAAGCAGAUGCAGGAUUGUUUUUGUGCUGUUUCUAAAAGGAUGUGACAUUUUAACAUAAUUUUGUAGCAGCCUACCUGAGGUUCUAUAAGCAAUUAAAAAUUCUAUUUUUGAUACAAUCUUGAUAUUUUCAUAUUGACCCCUUCCAAGAAUUUUAAUGUAUAUGUAACAUGCAGUUACCUAAACAGUCUAUUUACAAAAAUCUAUUCGUUUAAUACCAAAAAAAACUUAGUUGAACAAACUUAAUCACCUUCGAUGGGUUUGCCCACACCUGCCACCCUGCUAUAACAAGUAGUAGUGCAUUCUUAGAGUUUAAUAUUAGCUCGUUAAAAAGUCAGUGAAUAAACGGUCAAAAUUGAGAUUUAGGCAUAGCGCAGUUUAUAAAGCAGUUUGAAAGACUCUAAGUGAGAAAGAGGGAUGCUGUAAAAGUCCUGAAAUCUUAAGCACUCAUUUUCAGUCUCAAAUGUUGAUACUUUGUGCUGUGUCAUCUUUGGGGUAGUUCUGCUGAUAUCGGUGAGACUCCGGCAGGAAGGAAUUUGCCAGUGUGCAUCUGGGGAAGGCAUAUGAUAAAUGGUCGAGGGUUCACCUUUGAGAUGAGAGUGCUGCUUGGAGUGGGUAGCUGGGAAGUCGUAUCAGAGUUCAUCUAUGCUUGGGGCAUCAAGGAAACAGUCCAGUCUUACCAGUUUUCCUACGUAGCAUUUAGUGGUGAUGUUAAGCAUUUUAUAUAUUGGAUUUCAGAGUUUUAAAUAAACCAGCUUUCUAACCUUCUCUUAGGUGUGUGCGCAAAUAAUUGUGUGGCGCCCCCCUCUGCCCCCCCCAUUUAUUUAUUUAUGAAAUAAAAUAUUCAGGGAACUUGGUGUUGAAAGAGACACAAAAGUAAAGUAGGACCUAGAUCCAGAUGCUUUAGGUAGAUAUUAAAAUGAAAUAGUGCCUUAUAGUAAUACUGUGCAUUAAAUACUGACUGUUUUCCAGGAAACUGAAGUCUUGGUACUAAUUUGCUAUUGCUAAAUACUCCUUUCUUCAUUAAAUUAGGACUCCAAAAAUGAGCAACAAACAUACAUUUUGAAAUGUGAAACAAGUAACUGAAAUAUCAAAGUGCAGGUUACAGUAUGGUUGUGGUGAUCAGAAAAGCUGAAGACC